AUGACUUCACGGAUCGAGAAGACUGUUGCCCGGCAAAGAGAAAAGAUCGCCUCCGGUGCCUAUUACGAAGCUCACCAGCAACUGCGUGUCAUUGCUGUGCGAUAUAUCAAACAGUCCAACUAUGAGGCAGCUGCGGAUUUAUUGGCCGGUGGUGCUGCCGAGCUCUUGAGAGCAGGCUCUCAGCAGGGUGCUUCUGCUAGUGGUGGUGAUUUGGCUAUUAUGCUGGUGGUUGAGGUCUACAACAAGGCGGAAUGGGAGAUUGCUGGAGGAGACGGCGAUGCGGAGGGGCGGGCACGGAAGAAGCGCCUGAUGGAACUGCUGCGUGAGUUCCCACCCGAGGAGCCUACAAGAAAAAGGUUCAUCCAGGAGAUGAUCACCUGGAGUGGACGAUUCGGUCCUCUAGAAAGAGGAGACCCGGAGUUACAUCAUGCGGCUGGAUCAGUGUAUGCUGAAGAUAACGAGCCAUAUGAUGCUGAGAAACACCUCAUCCUCGGAACAUCUGAGUCUGCUGAAACACUCGCUAAGCUCGAGUACGAGUGGUACACAAAUGACGAACCGCAUACAGCGGCAAUUUAUGCAUCGCGCGCAGUCUUCCCAUACAUUCUGACUGGAAACCUCCGCAGUGCCAACAAAGCCUUCUUGAUAUUUACCUCCCGGCUUUCUUCCUCGAAUCCUUCUCUCGGUGUACAGGAUGUUAGCAGCGCCAGCGCCGACAUGCGCGUCUUCCCGGCGCUGCCUUUGGUGAACUUCAUUAGCAUGUUGCUCCUGGCCAUCCAACGUGGGAGCGCGGAUCUUUUCCGACAGUUGACAACGCACUAUGCGUCACAAAUACAGGCGGUGGGAAUCUGGGACGACGUGUUGACACAAAUUGGUGAGCAUUAUUUUGCUAUCCAGGCCCCAAGACAGGGGAACCCAUUGCUGGAUAUGAUGGGUAGUAUGCUGUUUGGGGGAGGCCAAGAGGGUGGAAGGAGGGCGCCGCAGGGUAGAGGUUCGUCGAAGAAGGUCGAAGCGGCGCCAGCGAACAUGGAGCUUGAUUAG